AUGGAGGCCCCAGGUCCAACCCCUCAGUCCCGAAUUUUGGGCCACUCCUCCAUGUUCCUUUUUUUCCGUAGUCUGGUGGGGAGCAGGGGCAGCCCCAAGAGCUCGGACAAGGGCCUGAUGCGGAGUCGGCCAUGCCCCUCCCAGGAGCAAAGCACCACCCCUCUGAUGAGGAACCGCCAGGGAGGAGCGGGGAGGAAGGAGCCAAGGCAGCCAGCCGCACUGCCCUACAUGCUCUCUGUGGCCUUGCCAUGGCAUGAUCCCUUGGGGCUAGGGAUGGGGGACACAGGGGCCCAGAACCCCACCCCAAAGGAGGUCCUGAGGGUGGCAGCCCAGGGUGGAGAGGUGAAGCCCAUCCUGUCCAGGGGAAGCCAGGAGGUGCUGGGCAACGUGUCCAAGAAGGAAAAAAGAGAAGAGAAGGAGGCAGUAGGGGAGGCCUCCGGGGAUACAAGGACCUCAGACAGGGGCCACUUUGCCCAAGCCUUGGAGGUGAAACAAGGAUGCCCACAGAGGGCCAUGGGGCCACCGGAGGUCAGCCCCAAGACCUUCACCAGGGAGGAGGAGAAGGAGUGUCUGCUGGACGGAGACUUCAGGCUGGCCUCCUCGAAGGUGGGGGCAACUCCUUGGAACCGCCUCCUCACCUUGUACAAGCAGCUUCAGAAAUCAGCCAUGGCCAAGUUUCCUCUCAAGGAAGGCUUGCCUGAUGAGAAAAACAAGGAAAAGGAAAUGGAGGUAGAGGACAGGUCAUUCAAGCUCUGUGUCCCAGGCAUUGUCACCCUGCAGUCACCGCUGCAUAAGACUUUCAGGUCAACAGACACAGUGGGUUUCGUGGAGUCGGAGUUAAAGAAGCUUCUGGCAGUGCAGCGGGACUCCCGCCUCUGGAAGGUGGGCAGCCAUGAUGGCCAGGAGCUGCUGACCAAGCCAGAGAUCACCCUGGAGGACGCGGGCAUUGUGGACGGUCAGCACUUGCUCCUGGAGGAGAUGGACGAGCUGGGGAACUGGCCCCCCGAGUGA